AUGCACAAGCUCAAAUGGAUUCCAGUCGAAGAACUGUCACGAAAGGAGCUGAACAAACAAAAGCAGCUUAUAAAUCAAUGUAUGAACCAGAAUCCCGAGUUCUUAGAGCAGCUUGUAGAAGAACAUGGGCCCUUCCCUCUUUUGUGGGAUUUCAACGUUGCCGCUAGAGCAAGAGUGCAAGGAUGUUCGAAGCGGGUGAAAGGGCCAGCACUCACGGUCACCCGCAGUGAACACCCUAUGGGCCUUCACUCGAGGGAGGCGGUCAGGGCUGCCAUCGAGAGCCACCGACCAGUGGUAGGAUGCCAUGCUGGCCCCUCCACAGCGUUUGCUGUCCCCCUCCGACCAGACCUUCCAAUUCCCAAGCCCCUCCCCGGAGCGGUAGCAGUGCCACUGCACGUCCAUGGGCAGCAUGCAAGCACACCAUUUUCCUGGGUCCAGCCAGGCCCUGCUGCACCAUGGACGAGGCCUACGCUGCUACAACCCUUUCCCAUUCCACCACCACCGCCGCUGCCUUUCCCGCAACUGCCAACACGACCUCCGCCAACCCUCCCAAUCCAAACCCCUCGCGUGAUCAAAUGUGGACCACGGACUCAUCACCUCCUUUCGUUUCUUCUUGUAAAGUUUGUGAUACGUGUUCUGAACUCGGGUAUCUUCGUUGAAGUGCAAGAGCUGGCUCCGACUUUGUACGGGUACUAA